UAAGAUAAAAAUAAUAAAAUUAUAUCUAAGAAAAAUUCAACUGGUCCCCAUUUUCUGAAUUAUCUCAUCCUCAUCACAUGCACCUAUCAUCAACAUCAACAACAAACUAUUUUCAGUUCAACCUAAAUUUUCAACCUUAACCCAAAAUCCUAACAAGAUUCUAAUUUCAAUUUAUGGUUCCAAUUUCAAAUCUUUGAAGAUUAAUAGUAAUAAUUUCCUUUCUUAAAUUAUCUAUUUCUCCUGAUAGUUCCCAAAAGCUCAAAUUCCAAUUAUAAUGGUCCCUAUUAGGGUUCCAAUUUCAAAUCUCUUGAGUUUUUCGAAUUAGGGUUUUUUGUUCCUCAAACACCGCUCUACCCAUUAUCAUUAUCAUCGUUAAGUUUUGAUUUUGACCUUGAAAAUGGCGACGAGAGGCACCAGAUCGGAGAAGGUGCGGCGAAUUUUCAACCAAUUUGACGCGAAUCAAGAUGGGGGUCUGAACAGAGAAGAAAUGGCGUCGCUUGUUGGUGCUGUAAACCCUAGGGUGAAAUUCAGUGAUGAACAAAUCAACGCCAUUCUUGAUGAGGUUUUUAGAACCUACGCUGAAUUUAUUGAUGGUGAGAGGGGUCUCACCUACGAGGGUCUUCUUCGAACCUACGAUGAUGGUGCUGGUGAUGUUGAUAGGGAUUUUGAUGCUCUUGCUCUUGACCUUAACGUUGAUGAAGCUGGGAAGGCUCCGGCGCCGGUUUCCGAAGCUUCGUCGUCUUCGAUUGUGGACGAGAGGAUGGUGGUGGAGUCGCAGAAGAAGCAGAGGACGGCAGCGUGGGCGGUUUCGCCGAAUCACGGUAUUGUGUUUGAUGAUACGUGGAAGAUUGUGGAUGAUUUAGAGAUUUUGAUAAAGAGGUUGAAGUUAAAGCAAGCUAAAGAUGGGAAAGUGAAAGGUGAAAAUUUUGAUGUUUAUUCUGACGCGGGUUGGUCUCGUGAAUUGGGGCCUUCUACUGAGAUUUCGGAUAAGAGAGUGAUUUGGGAUGAAUCAGGUCACGAUUAUGCUGUUUUUGUGAAGGAAGUAGGAGGUUUGAGAAGUAGGGCUGAUAGUGCUAGAUCAAGAGAAGAAGCUUUUGAUGGACACAUGGCAAUUGGCAGGGUUUUGUAUGAACAUCAAUUGUUUAAGGAGGCUUUGAUUAGUUUCAAGAGGGCUUGUGAAUUGCAACCUGUUGAUGUUAGACCUCAUUUUAGAGCUGGUAAUUGUUUUUAUGUUCUUGGAAAGUAUAAGGAGGCUAAGGAAGAGUUUUUGUUGGCACUUGAAUCUGCUGUGGCUGGUGGGAACCAAUGGGCUUAUUUGUUGCCACAGAUUUAUGUUAAUCUUGGUAUUUCGUUGGAAGGUGAGGGCAUGGUUUUGAGUGCAUGUGAGUAUUAUAGGGAGGCUGCAAUUGCUUGUCCUACACAUUUUAGAGCUUUGAAACUCUUAGGCAGUGCUCUUUUCGGUGUAGGGGAAUAUAAAGCUGCCGUGAAGGCGCUUGAUGAGGCUAUUUUCAUGAAGCCGGAUUAUGCUGACGCACAUUGUGACCGGGCUUCGGCGUUGCAUGCUAUGGGUGACAACGAGAGGGCGAUUGAGGUUUUUCAGAAGGCUAUUGAUUUGAAACCGGGUCAUGUUGACGCACUUUAUAAUUUAGGUGGGUUGUAUAUGGACCUUGGUAGGUUCCAAAGGGCUACUGAGAUGUAUACAAGGGUUUUGGCCGUGUGGCCAAAUCAUUGGCGGGCGCAGUUGAACAAGGCGGUGUCGAUGUUGGGAGCCGGUGAGAACGAAGAAGCCAAAAGAGCUUUGAAGGAAGCAUUGAAAAUGACAAAUAGGGUUGAGUUGCACGACGCAAUAUCACAUUUGAAGCAGCUGCAGAAAAAGAAGAACAAACCUAAUGGGGCUAUUCCAGGAGAAUCACCAUUUGUCAUAGUUGAACCAUCUAAGUUUAAGACAGUUGGAGAAAAGACUACUGUGAGGCAGGACCUGGCCAGUGCUUUGCAAAUCAGAGCACUUCAGAAGGUUGCAAGGUUGAGCCGUUGCAAUGUGGAGCUUUUGAAGAAAGAAAUGAGCGAACAUGAUGUGCCGGUGUCUUAUUCUGGUAGCGGAGUGCCUCAAAAAUCCAUUCGGAAACCAAACUUAGAAGAAAUUCUUCGCAAAUUGCUUAGUUUUCUAAAGCCGGACACUUUUCAAGGCGCCGUGAAAGCCAUAAAUGAGAGGAUUCUUUCUGUUUUGGAUGAAAAUGAUUCAGGCAGGUUAGAUCUUGGAAUGUUCUAUGCCAUUCUUGCUCCCAUUUGUGGCGGUCCUGCAGAGAGACGUAAAAGGGUCGCCUUCGAUGCACUGUUAUGGCGUCCAAUGAACGAAGACGGUGCUAAUUUAAAGAAAGCUGAUGUUACCAGAUACAUCAAGUUGUUAAGAGCUAUUUAUAUUCCUUCGCAAGGUGUUAGUGAAUUAAUGGAGGUUCAUGGAGACUUAGACACUUCAAUGGUGUCUUUCUCCGAGUUUCUAGUUUUGUUUGACGAUCCAGAUUGGGGUUUCGGUAUUAUGCCUACCUUAGUUAAACUGGAAACCGGAGAUAGAAACCGACACGGCAAGACCAUGUGCUCGGUUUGCCGCUACCCUAUUAUCGGUUCACGCUUUAAGGAGAUAAAAUCUCAUUUUAGUUUGUGUAGUCAAUGCUACAGUGAGGGAAAAGUGCCAUCUACAUUUAAGCAAGAAGAAUACAGAUUUAAGGAGUAUGGAAAUGAGGGUGAAGCCAUGAAAGAUAAGUAUUAUUUGAUGUUGAACAUGUUUAAUAAGGAACCUUUGUCCAAAAUUGAAGGUUGACUUGAAGGGGUGUUACAUAGUGGAAAUGGGAUCACUCCAUAAGAACAAAGCACCAAAAUUGUUCAAAUGCUACAAAUUAUUCAGACUUGAAGACACUUAUGAUAACCUAAUUUUUUUUCUCCAAGUGAAUGGAAUUAUGAGUUGACAAAUCUCUAUUAAAUGUUUUAAAAAAUGAAUUAUCAUAUGAUUGUUUAUCUUGUAGACCUUCUACCAUCCAUAUCCUACAAAUGAAGGAUUGUUAUACUUAUUCAAAAUCAAUAUAUCCUACAAAUGAAGGAUUGUUAUACUUA